AGGUCGUGUAGAUCUGUCGAUGCUGAAGAGAACGCCAGCGCUCCUGACAGCACACGUGAUGGAGGUCGUACAGAAAAUCAUACUUCACCUGAGGAACAAACACACAUGACAUGAGGCUGGCCCUGGUUAAGCUGAACCUAGCUGUGUCCAACACUAUUGAGAAGACGGAGAAAGCCCGCACAGACCGUGCCCUAGCGGUUUGUCGUACGGCAUGUUCUCUCACAGCUGGAGAAGGAAAAGGGAGCUGCAGAAAGCCCAGGUCGAGCUUGGCCUCCCGAACACUCGCUUGUGACUGACUGUGCAACUCGCUGGGGCUCCAAGCAGAAAAUGAUUGAUAAGAUGUUAGAGCAAAGGACGGCCAUCAAUCGAGUUCUUGCUGAUGACCAAUAUGUGAUCAUCACAUGGCUGAAGCCAAUGAGCGAGUUCACCGACAUUUUGUCGGGCGAAAAUGAUGUAACGGCGUCAUCUCUUCUCCCUGUGCUGCGUCUCAUUAAAGAGGACACAUUGGCCCCAUCGGAUGAGGAUGGACAACUGACAGCCAACCUAAAAGCCGGCAUAAUUUCAAUCUUAGACGAGAAAUAUAGAGCUCUGCCAGAAGCAAGCCGGCAGCUUAUGCGAAAGGCAACAUUCCUGGACCUGCGCUACCGGGGUGACUACUACGACCCGAAUGUUGAGGAGACCAAGAAGAUGAUAGAGGAAGAAGCGGUCAUCCUCGGUAGAAGAGCGCAGUCAGCGCAGCCCGCGAGAGAGGGAGGAGCAACUGAGGAGGAAACCACCGGCGUCGAGCCACAGGUCAAAAGAAAAAAGACUUUAGCUAGUUUUUUAAAAAGAAAGGCAGGCACUGCUACAGCAAAUCUGACCAUUCCAGAAAAGGUGGUGACAGCACUUGCACCUAUGCUCAGGAUUCACCCAUCAACACAGAGCAGGAUCCUCUCGUUUGGUGGAAAGAUAAUGAAAGUCGGUUCCCCCUCUUGGCAAAGGUAGCAAAAAAAAUCUUUGCGUGUGUGCGACAAGCUGAGCAUCCGAGAGGGUGUUUAGUACGAUGGGAAACAUCGUCACCCCCACAAGAUCCCACCUUAAGCCAGAGAAGGUCAACGUGUUGAGUUUCCUGGCAAAGAACAUGUAAACUGCAAGCAAGCCAAUUUAGUUUUAUUUAUUUUUUAUUUUGAAAAGACUGCUGACUUGCCAUUUAUGUAAGGUGAUUUUGGAAUUUUUUUUUUACAUUCGUUUAUUACUUAUUUGGUUUUACCUUAUUUAAUUAAAAAAAUAUAUUUAGUCCUAUUUUAUUUCCUUAUUCGUUUUAAAAAACGUUCUAAUAGGCUACGUGAUAAACGUUCUAUUAUUUAGGCUACUUUGUUCCACACCACAGUUUGCUGAUUUUCCGUUUUUUCAGCC